UUGUACUCUGAAAACUGUUUAACUCAAAUAGGUCUUUGUAGGCCCAAAAUUAACAUAACAUUCAUGUUCAUGAACAACAGACGCUCCAGUUUUCAUCAGUCGUCUGAACAAGUUAAAUCUUUGAAAACAGACUCAUCAAAUGUUUCUGCAACCAAAUCAACCUACAAUGGGGGCUCAAGAUCAAGCUAAGACACCUGCACAUGUGUAGACGUGAAAGGAAAUAACAGGUCACAGCAGCGCUGAACGGCGGCAACGUCGUCCACCGUUUUGGAGAACUUUCACCGGUUGAAAGUCAGUCGGUUGUGUCAAGCAGCCUGAAAAAGCUUGAAAACUCAAAAGAGCUCGCACAAAAGAAACAGUGACAGUAUCUCAAAUGUGACAUAACUGGGUGGAGAGCAGCGAGAUGCGGAAAGAGACCGAGAAGGAGAAGUGGUACAGGAAGUGACUGAGGUCUCGGUUAAGUUAAGAAACGGUGAUGCUUGCUCAGAUGCUCCGACUCUUCCAGCAGCUGUAGCGGCGCAGCAGACAUUUUCUGCUCCGUCUUCUUCUCUGAGUUGCUCUGCGUUAGAUGGACAAUCUGGAGGGGGGCCUCGGAUCCAGUCUGCUGAGGAAGCUUUCCUCCAGGAAGUCUCACCAGCGCAACAACAGCCCUCAGCCUCCAGGGGACAACGAGCAGGGGGCGAGUGGCGAUGACAGCAGCGCCAGCAGGCUCAGCCGCAGACUGUCCCGUCUGGGCAGCAGGCAUCAGUCCAGGGAACCUCCAAGACCUCCGGUUCAGCCGGAAAGGCCUCCUCCUCCACCUGCCCAGCAAGAUGAGAGGAUUCCACCACCAGCCCUCGUCCUGCCUUCAGCUCCGCCUCCAGCACUGGCUCCUUUCCCGCUUCCAACAGAUCGGCCGCCCAAGCGGCCUGACAAAUCCACCAAACCCAAGCUCCCACCUCGGCCGCUCUCCAAGGUGUUCAGUAGCUACGAACACGGAUCGAAUGUGUUGCAGGGCUUCGAUACUUUCCGAGGAGAUGAGACUCUGUGUGACGUCGUCCUGGUUCCUGGAGACAGCACCGAAGCGUUCCCAGUUCACAGAGUCAUCAUGGCUUCCUGCAGUGAUUAUUUUAAGGCAAUGUUCACAGGAGGCAUGAGGGAGCAGGAGAUGAGAGAGAUCAAGCUGCAUGGGGUCACCAAGGCGGGCUUAAAGAACAUCAUAGAGUUCAUUUACACAUCCAAAGUCAUCCUCGACAUGGGAAACCUCCAGGACACGCUGGAGGCUGCAAACUUCUUGCAGGUCAUGCCUGUUCUGAGCUUCUGCAACGAGCUUCUGAGCAGCGAGAUUACAAUCGAUAACUGUGUGGAAGUGGAGCGGAUUGCCACAGAUCUGCUCCUUGAGGAUGUUCUGGUGAAUAUUGGGAAGUUUGUGGGGCAGAACCUGACCGCGCUGGUGGACUCCGGCCGCUACCUGCAGCUCUCCGAGACCAGCAUCGCCAACGCUCUGGCCAGCAACUCGCUGGGCGGUUUCUCAGAGCUGGAGCUUUACCACAUCGCCAAAGGGUGGCUGGAGCACGACCCUCCCUCGCGUCACUCCUCCGUCUACGCCCUGAUGCGCCACAUUCGCUUCCCGCUAAUGAGCCCUGGUGAACUCAUUCAGAUCUCUCAGGACGAGGAGGAGGAGGGUGACUCCAUGAUGCGCUCUGACACCGCCUGCGUGAACCUGCUGCUGGAGGCCAGCAACUACCAGAUGAUGCCUUACAUGCAGCCGGCGCUGCAAACCGAGAGGACGCAGAUUCGAUCGGACGCCACGCACAUCCUGGCCCUGGGCGGCGUGAUGCGGCAGCAGCUGGUGGUGAGCCGGGAGCUGAGGCUCUACGACGAGAACACCGGCCAUUGGAGGGCUCUGAAGCCCAUGGAGGUGCCGCGUUAUCAACACGGCGUGGCUCUUCUGGGAGGCUUUCUCUUUAUUGUUGGAGGUCAGAGCACAUACGACACAAAGGGUAAGACUGCCAUAGACAGCGCCUAUCGCUAUGACCCGCGCUUCGACAAAUGGCUUCAGAUUGCCUGUCUCAACGAGAAAAGGACCUUUUUCCACCUCAGCGCUCUGAAGGGGAAGCUGUUUGCCGUUGGAGGAAGGAACGCCUCGGGGGAAAUUGACACCGUGGAGUGCUACAACCUGAAGAAAAACGAGUGGACCUUUGUGACCAACAUGAUGGAGCCUCAUUAUGGGCAUGCUGGGACCGUUCACGGGGGCCUCAUGUACAUCUCAGGUGGCAUCACCCGUGACACCUUCCAGAAGGAGCUGUGGUGCUACGACCCGGUCGCCGACUCGUGGAGCCGCCGGGCCGACAUGAUGGAGCUCCGCGGCCUGCACUGCAUGUGCACGGUGGGGGACCGGCUCUACGUGAUGGGUGGCAACCACUUCCGGGGCAGCAGCGACUACGACGACGUGCUGGGCUGCGAGUACUACAGCCCGGAAACAGACCAGUGGACGGUGGUGGCACCGAUGCCCCGCGGCCAGAGCGACGUCGGUGUCACGGUCUUCAACGGCCAGAUCUACGUGGUCGGGGGUUACUCCUGGAACAGCAGGUGCAUGGUGGACAUCGUCCAGCGCUACGACCCGGAGCAGGACGUGUGGGACCGAGUGUUCAAUGUGCUGGAGCCCCUGGGAGGGAUCCGGGCCUGCACGAUGACCGUCCACGUGCCGGAGGGGUCGGUGGACGAAGCCGAGAUACAAGAUUGCCCGUUACCCACAGCUAAGAACUGCUAGCCACCUACAUCAGGCUGCUUUUGGGGGGGUUUCCAGCUUACGCCGUAGCAGUCAGAAUCCAAAACAGGAAGCAGUGUGGGUUGUGACACAAAGGUUUCAUGUGCAAACAAAAGCCAGCGAGUGCAGCUUGAAACACACAUGUCGUAUUUCAGUUUUUUUCUGUCCUUCCCACAAGCUGUUAGCCACGUAGCAUCUGCUUGUAUUCUGUCUGAAGACUCUGAAUAAAAACAUGGAGCUGCUUCGCCACACACUGAAGACCUCUGCUUCGCAGGUGAAUCUUCAGUCUAACCGAUUCAUCUAUUUCCUGGCACAAAGUCGUCAGAUUAAAGAUUAAUAAAUCGAGUGAGAGCUGUCUUUGUGGAACACGGCUCUGUUUCUCUCUCCAAGACCAGCUCGAAGGACUGCACAGAUUUGCCAGACUUAAAAUAGAGAUGAUGGUGUGUGUGCGUGUGUGUGCGUGCGUGCUGCAA